GACGUCACCGCGGGCGCCAUGGUGGAUGGGGACACGGAUCGGGUGCUGCGCUACCUGGGCGAGGUGGAGGAGCUGGCCGAGGACGUGCUGUCCGACAAGCGACAGAUCCUCAACCUGCACGCCAAGCAGAACCAGAACCGCGAAGCGCUGCGCGCUCUGCAGAAGGACCCCGGGCCCUCCGAGAAGGUGAUGGUCUGUUUGGGCAACAUGUUCUUCCACCUGCCCCGGGAGCGGACCAAGGAGAUGAUCGAGAAAGACCAGGCCCAACUGGAGGAGGAAAUCGAGAAACUGCGCGACCGCCUGCGGGUCAAGGUCAACGACCUGUUGGAGGCCCAAGGCAAACCGGAGGUGAAAGGGUUCAACCUGCGGCCCCUGAGCCCCGAGGAGAUGAAGGCCGUCACCGUCAUCCUCAAGGGCUGAGCCGGGGGCCGUGCGCCAUGGCGGCGGGGGGGGCCCCUGGACACGUGGACGUGGGCACGGACGGAUGGUAGGGCGGGCGGGCGGACGGGCG